UUUGCUGCACUGACCAAGGAGCUGAACGCCUGCAGGGAGCAGCUGCUGGAGAAGGAGGAGGAGAUCUCGGAGCUGAAAGCAGAGAGGAACAACACCAGGCUGCUGCUGGAACAUCUGGAGUGCCUGGUGUCCCGACACGAGCGGUCGCUUCGCAUGACCGUGGUCAAGCGGCAGGCUCAGUCUCCCUCGGGGGUCUCCAGCGAGGUCGAGGUCCUCAAAGCGCUCAAGUCCCUGUUUGAACACCAUAAAGCCCUCGAUGAGAAGGUGAGAGAGAGGCUACGAGUGUCGCUGGAGAGGGUUUCCGCCUUGGAGGAGGAGCUCACAGCAGCCAAUCAGGAGAUUGUGGCCUUACGGGAGCAAAAUGCUCACAUCCAGAGGAAAGUGGCAUCUGGAGAGGGAGGAGAGGACAUACUGGAGGGCAGUGAAGCUCAGCAGAAGGUCCACGGCAAGCGUCUGUCCAACGGCUCUCUGGAGUCGGCCCACGAGGCGAGCCAGGUGGUGGAGCUCCAGGACCUGCUGGAGAAGCAGAACUAUGAGCUGGCCCAGAUGAAGGAGCGCAUGUCCUCGCUCUCCUCCCGGGUGUCCGAGGUGGAACAGGAGCUGGAGACCGCCCGCAAGGACCUCAUCAAGUCAGAGGAGAUGAACAACAAGUACCAGAGGGACAUCAAAGAGGCCAUGUGUCAGAAGGAGGACAUGGAGGAACGGAUCGUCACGCUGGAGAAACGCUACCUGAGCGCCCAGCGGGAGUCCACCUCCGUGCACGACAUCAACGACAAACUGGAGAACGAGUUGGCCAAUAAGGAGGCGUUCCUCCGACAGAUGGAGGAGAAGAACAGGCAGCUACAGGAGAGGCUGGAGCUCGCAGAGCAGAAGCUCCAGCAGACCAUGAGGAAGGCCGAGACGCUGCCAGAGGUGGAGGCCGAACUGGCCCAGAGGAUAGCGGCCCUCACCAAGGCGGAAGAGCGUCACGGGAGCAUUGAGGAGCGAAUGAGGCACUUGGAAUGCCAGCUGGAGGAGAAGAACCAGGAGCUGCUGAGGGCUCGACAGAGAGAAAAGAUGAAUGAAGAGCACAAUAAGCGACUCUCGGACACGGUGGACAGACUCCUCACAGAGUCCAACGAACGUCUUCAGCUCCACCUGAAGGAGAGGAUGGCAGCUCUAGAAGAAAAGAACUUGUUAAUCCAAGACUCCGAGGGUUACAGAAAACAGUACGAGGAGUCGAUCCAAGAAAAAUCGCAGCUGGCAGACGAGAUUGAGAAGCUAAGAUCAGAGCUCGACCAAUUCAGACUGAGGGCAGGCUCCCUCACAGAACCCACCCUGUCACGGUCUCAUCUGGACACGUCAGCCGAGCUUCGGUUCUCUUUGGGAUCUCUGGCCGAAACCCAGUCGGACCACUACCGCUCAGCCAAGGUCAUCCGCCGGCCGAGGAGAGGUCGAAUGGGCCUGCGUGAACCCAAGGCUAAAUCCCUGGGGGAGCACGAGUGGCGCUCCCAGCAGCUGGGCGUCCUCGGGGGCCACCACUUUGAGAGCGAUACAGAGAUGUCGGACAUCGACGACGACGACAGGGAAACGCUGUUCAGCUCCAUGGACCUGCUGUCCCCCAGCGGCCACUCCGAUGCACAAACCCUGGCCAUGAUGCUGCAGGAGCAGCUGGACGCCAUCAACAAGGAGAUUCGGCUGAUCCAGGAAGAGAAGGAGUCCACGGAGCUGCGGGCCGAGGAGAUUGAGAACCGGGUGGCCAGCGUCAGCCUCGAGGGCCUCAACCUGGCUCGAAUGCACCACCACGGAGCCUCCAUCACUGCCUCAGCCACCGCCUCCUCCCUGGCCUCCUCCUCCCCUCCCAGCGGACACUCCACCCCGAAACUGGACCCCCGAAGCCCCGCCCGCGACAUGGAGCGCAUGGGGGUCAUGACACUGCCGAGCGAUUUGAGGAAACACAGGAGAAAGAUAGCGGCGGUUGAAGAGGACGGCCGCGAGGACAAGGCCACCAUAAAGUGCGAGACAUCCCCCCCUCCGACGCCGCGCACUGUCCGAAUGACACACACACUGCCAGCCUCCUCGCACAAUGAUGCACGAGGGAUUGUGGCCUCUCUGGAGGCUGAGGCCAGCGCCCUAAGUAGUGUAGCCAGCAGCCAAGACUCCCUCCACAAACAGCCAAAGAAGAAGGGCAUCAAGUCGUCCAUCGGGCGACUGUUUGGCAAGAAGGAGAAAGGCCGACUGGCACAUCUAGCACACAGACAGGUCAUGGUGGAUCCACAAGCAACUAUGAUGGACCCAGACAUGGCGGGCCAGGACAUGGGGGUGGGCAAGUUGGGAACUCAGGCUGAGAAGGACCGCAGAUUGAAAAAGAAACACGAGCUGCUGGAGGAGGCCAGGAGAAAGGGUUUACCCUUCGCCCAGUGGGACGGACCCACAGUGGUAGCCUGGCUGGAGUUGUGGUUGGGGAUGCCGGCCUGGUACGUGGCGGCGUGCCGAGCCAACGUGAAGAGCGGCGCCAUCAUGUCGGCCCUGUCCGACACCGAGAUCCAGAGGGAGAUUGGCAUCAGUAACCCUCUGCACCGGCUCAAACUCCGCUUGGCCAUACAGGAAAUGGUCUCCCUCACCAGCCCCUCGGCCCCGCCCACCUCCAGAACCAAGUCAGAGUCUGAAGAGGGGAGCUGGGCACAGACUCUUGCUUAUGGCGACAUGAAUCAUGAGUGGAUAGGGAACGAGUGGCUGCCCAGUCUAGGACUACCUCAGUACCGCAGCUACUUCAUGGAGUGCCUAGUGGACGCCCGCAUGCUGGACCACCUCACCAAGAAGGACCUGAGGGUGCACCUUAAAAUGGUGGACAGCUUCCACAGAACAAGUUUACAGUACGGCAUCAUGUGUCUGAAGAAGCUCAACUAUGACCGAAAAGAACUGGAGAGACGCAGGGAGCAGAGCCAGCAUGAAAUGAGAGACGUACUGGUGUGGAGUAAUGAGCGGGUCAUCCGCUGGGUGCAGAGCAUAGGCCUGAGGGACUACGCCAACAUCCUGCUGGAGAGCGGUGUGCACGGAGCUCUGGUCGCCCUGGAUGACAACUUUGACUACAGCAGCCUGGCGCUGCUCCUCCAGAUCCCCAACCAAAACACUCAGGCACGUCAGAUUCUGGAGCGAGAGUACAAUAAUCUGCUGGCGCUGGGCACUGACAGGAGACUGGAUGAGUGUGACGACAAAGACUUCCGAGGUCCAUCGUGGCGGAGGCAGUUCCCUCCCCGAGACGUCCACGGCAUCAGCAUGAUGCCCGGAUCAGCAGAAACGCUCCCUGCGGGAUUCCGUCUCACUGCGACGUCCGGUCACUCCCGAAGACUGCCCCCAGAGGUCGGACCUUCUGCGGUGCAGCGACUGGACAGCUCCACGGUGAGAACCUACUCCUGCUGAGAGGAGGAAGAGAGGGACCUUAAACUGUACGCUGUGCAGUUCUGAAUGGAGACAAACUAGUGGAGCUGCUGGACGGGUCAACCCCGAUCAGGACUGACCCAUUCUGACAACACGCACUGCCAAGAAGCCCUGCUCUCCUCUCUGACCCUUUCCCCCCCAAAACCCCUGCUCCAUCCCCUAUAAUAUGGGCACCAGAUGCCGGUGCUAAACUGUCCUGCAGGCCGCCCCCCCCGUUGUCACCAUUUCUACCUUUUACAUGUACAGUAACUUGUCGAAGCAUAAUGUACUGUGUAUUUCUUCUACAGGAGAUGUGUAGGUUAUCUGUAAAAUAAUAUAAAUAUGCCAUUUUUAAUAUAUACACACAUCUAUGUAUAAAAAAAAAAAAAGAUAUUCAGAGUUUGUGCAAAAAAAUGUCCCUGCCACCUCAUUUAGUGGACCAUAGAUUAAUAUAUGCUGCUCUUUAAACUCUCUCCAUAUUACCCCUCGUCCCUCUAGAUCAUUUUGUACAUAUGGUUUUAUUUUUUCAUUGUGCUGAUGAUGAUUAUGAUGAUGAUGAUGAUGAUGAACCUGUGCUGCACCAUACAGAGAGGAAGAGAUUCUGGAUGUUGUGUGAAAACCUGCCCUCUAGUGGUGAACAAAAGAAAAAAAAAAGAAGAAGAAGAAAAAAGAAACCACUCCGAGGCCCUAUUCCGUCAACAACAAAAACUUCAUUAUCCUUUUCUUAUGGACUCGCAGGAGCGUUUCAAGAGGACGUGUGUCGACGCACUGGAACAAAACGUGACAAGCACUUUUCAUACAACCGCAUCAACUCAAUGGACUAUUUAGUAGCCAAGGACGAAACAAGAGACGCCGUUGCUCUCCGAAGUUGCACAAAACUUCCUCUCAGAGAACAAAAAAAAAAAAAGAAGAAGCAGUACGUCGCUCGCAGAAGCCGUCACUUGUCGUACUGUAUGUUUUGUCGGGCGACGCGUUAACACAAAGGACAACUACACUUUCAGCCGAGCUGGCCUUCUCCCCCCAAAACCCUUCAGACACUAACCGAACAGAUGAAAUAACUGAAAGACAGACUGCUUUAGCUCAUAGUGUGUGUAGAGUGUAUAUGACCAUGUUGAAGUGAGGUGACUUAAUGACAAAAAAACCUGUUGCUUGCUGUGACUUACAUUUGGUGUAACUGUUAACUCUUUGUUUCCGUCAGAGUUUCCAGGGUAACCUGUUGUAUAGCCCUGUUUUCUGUCUUUUAGUUAUUUCGGAUGGACCACUCAGAAACGAGUCUUACGCUUUUUUUUUUUUUUCAUUCGUUUUUACAUCUUCGAUUUGCACGAACAAUGAAUCAUUUUAUUUUGUGUCCAUUUUUUAUUUAUUACUUCUUGUACUUUGGUCAAAACUAAGUGGUGAGCAAACAAAUUUUCAUUGUCAAUAAAAUAAAAAACUGUCA